UGUCGCCACCAACAUCGCCAAGGAGGAGGAAAGGGGGAAGAAUGAGAAGACGAAUGACUGAAGGACAAAUGGAGAAAAAGAAAAAGGUCAGUUUGAAGGUGAAAGGUGGUAGGAAGUGAGAAUCGUAGGGGAGGAAAUACGGAGCUGGACCAAGAAACGGGAGGAGAAAUGAUAAGAUGAGGGUGGAAGGAGGUGAACGUUCUGCAGCACAAGGACCUUCAGCGUGUGCUCCUGUCGUGUCUCUGGAUGCAGAACUGUGGAGCUCAGACUCGGGUCAGAGUUUGAGCUAAACAGCCUGACAUCUCAUUUCAAAUGGUGAAGGGCCUGUUUCUGUACAGUACCUUACAACCCCCCAAGGCGCUUUACAGCACAGUCAUUCACACAUUCACAAACUGGUGGUGAUGAGCUACGAUGUAGCUACAGCUGCCCUGGGACGCACCGACAGAGGCGAGGCUACCCAACACGGGCGCCACCGGUCCCUCCGACCACCCCCAGCAGGCAAGGAGGUUGGUUAAGUGCCUUGCCCAAGGACACAACAGCAGAAUUCUGGUCAGAGCCGAGAUCAAACCUGCACCCUACCGAUUGCUGGACAGCCUGCUCUUCCUCCUGAGCUGCUGCUGCUGCCCAUCAGAACAACAAACCAGUGAAACCAGCAUCUAACUGGCUGUGGCAGGCUGGACACUGAUGUCCUCUAAAAGUCAGCUGAGAACAAAGUCUGUGACAAAAGCAGGAAGUUCAUGUUAAACCGCGCUGACGCUGAGGGACAUGUCUCCAGGGAAGGACGGCCCAUUUAUGGGACAGGAACCACACAGACAAGUUUAUGAGUCUGGAAGUUUCCAAACACGGAGCUGGACUUCUAGCUGCAGCCGAGUUCAGCGUGAACUCCUCUGCAGGCCCAAAUCUUCUAGAAUCAUCUAAAGAUCGUGUCAGAGUCCAGACCUGAACUCAAAACACCGAGUGUAAGGGGUUAAUUUACAUCUAAUUAAGGAACCGUAAGACAUGAGAUUUCAUAGUCAAUAUGAAAUCAAUCUUACGGACCUUUGGGUUAUUUUAACCAGAAGAUUGGGACUUUUUAUUGCAGAGAUUGUGUAACACUUUGUAUUAACUGAGAGACAAGAGAAGAGAGAGUCACCUUUAAAACGUUUAAGAAGAUUUAUUUCUAAACAAUUUUAAAGAAUUUUAAACAAUCCUAACUCUAACUCUAAUGAUGGAAGGAUCUGGUGAGAAUGAUACGUGAGAUGAAUGGUGCAUGUGUGAGUGAUGAUGUCAUCAGAACUCUCGUAUCCGGAGAAGCAAGUCUGAAUGAUGUUGUGAUGUUUCGCUUUUAGCUAUGAUCAGAGUAUGAUCAGAGUUUCAUAAACACACGAGACGCCAUAUUGUUGCUCCACACAUACCCUUCAGAUGAAACCUCUGUACAGAUCCAGAAUGCCAGGUCCUCGGACCCCCCUUUCGGUACCGAAGCCGAUGAAACAGCGUCAGCAGUACGACAGACUAGUCGUUGGAUCGUCUCCAGGUAAAAAGCGACAGUUGGUUGACAGCGUCAGAUGGACCCCCCCCCCUUGGGUCAGUGAGUUCAGCUUUUAUUCUGAAAGGAACCGUUGCUUGGUUGGUAAAGUGCAACAGAUUUUAUCCAGCUUGUUGGUUCUUUGCUUAAAAAGGAGGUCCGGGUGGCCGGUCCGACACUUCUCUUAGCAUGCGGUGAACUGAACUAAGAUAAACUGGUUUUAUUUAUCUGGAUGUUUUGAUUUACGGUCGAAUCAAAGUUGGACAGAUUUAUAAACACCACAGAGACUAUGCCACGCUUCAGAAAGGAAGGUUCUGAUUGGAUGAGUAAACAAUGUGUCAUGCGUUUACAUUACGUGUGAUCAGGGUGUCUAGUGCAGCUAGAUUAAAGUCACAUUACUUAUUAAAGCAUACUAAUCAUAACAUUGUCAUUUCACAGAUUGGUCAACAUCUUAUUAUAGACUAACACUUUGUUUUAUUAGCUUUAUUAAAAAUAGAGUUCUUUGAUUUAUUAAAAGGAAAGAGUCCUUUAGCUUCAUUCUUCUCUUGGGCUGGAAAGGAAGCAGUUUAGAAGCAGAUGCAUGACCUUGAGGCAGUCUCAUGCACAUUAGUUCUGUGUCAGAGACAUCUGUGGAGAGAGGGUAAAUAACCUUCGGUGGAAUAGUUCCUUCAUCACGUUACACGAGUCUCUGCAGACUCCCAUGAACUCAAACCACGACCACGAGGAAAGUUACUAAGGCCUUUAGAUAAACCCUGAUCCGUGUAUGAAACUAGAAUUCCCUCCUUCAAGGUUUGGAUGCAAACUCUGCAUUUCCCCUCCACAUCCCUGCUGCUUUAAAAUCCCACAGGGGCAAAAAUCAGCUGUUGAUUCAAAACGAACCACAUCACACCUGUGAGCUAUUUUUAACUAAAGCUUAUUUACACGGACAUGGGAAAUCAGACAGGUUCUUUCAUUUGACUGUUUUACUGUAAAAGUAUUAAAGGUUGUUUUACCGAAUCUGCUGCUGUUGAGUUCAGAUCGGACCUCCUAAUCUCACAUUUCUAAUCCAGAUCCACAGACCAUGAGGUGAUGUCACGGCCGAUGUUCUAGUUUGUUCUAAUAACUCCUAAAUGUUCAUAAAAUUCCUCUGAAGUUAAACAAUCGCCAGCAUCUUAAAGCCCGGCCUUUGAAAAAUAGCCGCAGUCAGGAGUUAUUUACUGUCUGAGGGUAAAAAAGGAGCAGAAGGUGUUAAUGAACCCUCGGCUGAAGGUCACUUUGAAGAUCCCAGUUUCCACAUUUCAUAAUUCAUCAUCCCAACCUGGAAAUUGAAGCUGCUCCUCUCUGAAGAUGAGGUGUGUGUGUUUGUGGUGUGAAAAUGGAGAAGGAUGCUUUGUUAUGUCCACGGUAUCGAUGGAGAACGGCAGAUAGACCGGACAUCACUCACAGUUCAGACAGCAGACAGGAGUGUGUGUGUGUGUGUGUGUGUGUGUGUGUGUGUGUGUGUGUGUGUGUGUGUGUGUGUGUGUGUGUGUGUGUGUGUGUGUGUGUGUGUGUGUGUGUGUGAGACAUUUAUAACAAGAUGGUUGCUUUUUGUCUCGUUUGAGGCUUUGUUUGAACAGAGUUCAGGUUUGAAACCUCAACUUUGCAGCAGUUUUACAUGACGUCAAACAUUUAAUAACCAGUAACUAAAUAUCCAUAAAUACCUGAGCUAAGGCUAAAUGUUCAUGUUUUGUUGUUGAAACUGUAAAAAAUGUAAAGAAAACUGAGAUAAAAGAAAUGUUCAAACUGCAGCCAGUGGCUCAAUAGGGUCACCAUGGUAACUCCAACUAUCUCGUUAUGUUGGCAGGCGUGGUAGUUGCUGAAUGUAAGUAAUAAAUUAACUUGUAAUCAGAAUACUUUUUCAAGGUAACUGUGGCAACACAGUGCACAUGUAAAAUUUUUACUUUAUUAUUCAUUUGUUAUUAAAUGAUGUGGCUCAAGAUGAAGCCUCACCCAAACCAUUACUGUAAGAAAAUGAUGAGUCUGCGGCCGUGGACGCCUUUUGGCACUGGUCAGUGACAUCACUCUCUGCUGGUAGAGCUGCACGUUUUCAUUCAGCUAUUUUGGUUUUCCUCAGGGGCGUGUCCAGGGAGUGGCCUGGGGUGGCACAUGCCACCCUUGGAAUCCGAUUGGCCAUCCCCAGGUGCCACCACGCUGAAUUCCCUUUAAAUAGGCUUUUCGUUGUCCACAAAAGGCUUGAGGUAACACAAAAAAAAGCAUAACCACUGGUGCCACAUAUAAGUAGUGCCUCACCUGGGCCACCCCAUUUUAAAAGAUCUGGACACGCCACUGGUUUUCCUAAAGCUGCAGGAGAAAUGCUAACAACAGUAAUAAUUGCUAUUUUUAUAAAGGGGCUUUAAUGAGUAUUUAUGCCAUUAGUAAGUUAAUAAAAGCACGUUCUUGAGACGGUUGGUGUUUUUUAUUGGAUGUGAAAAUAAAACUCAAGCAUCAUGUGGAGGUCUGGACGGAUCCAUGUUUUCCUCCAGUCUGCUGUAAGCUUUCAUUUAGACCUGGGCAGGUGAGAAUUUAUUCAUUUUCUUCUAUUUGAUCCUAGAACAUAAUCGAUUAUUGGUUCUAUGUUGUGGGAUGUUCUUUAGAAUUUGUGAUUUUUCCUCAUUAAUUCAUUAAGUCACCACCAGAGACAGAAAGAAGCGUCUGUUUUUAGAUGUGCUUCAUAAAACUAAACGUGUUUCUGCUGGGAUCGGGAGGAUUCUGGUCCUGUGGUCCGUGUUGGGGUUUUUCUCUCAGCUCCGCCUCGGAUGAUUUUGUUGUUCAUCCGAUUGCUUCCACAUCAGAGCUGAUUUCUGCUUUAAGCGACUCCGGAUCAUGACUCAGCCUGAGGAGCAUGCAGGAGGAGGAGGAUGCAGCAGCGGAGCAGCAUCCUUUCUCUCCGCCUCGUUUCAGCACCUCAGAGGGGGGUGUUUAUUAAACCGACUGUAAUCUGACCCCGCAUGCCUGCUGGGACCCCCUCCCUCCCUGGAUCUCCAUCCUGGGACACAGCACCGUGAAUGCGUCACGUUCGUUCUUCCGGCGUCCGCUCCUCGCGCUACCCGCAGGCACGUCGUGUAUUUUCCGUGAGAGGAUCCGGUCAACCCGCCGCUGUCCUCCUCCGUCCACCCAGUCGAUGAAACCGACGGUGAGGAAGCGCGUCCGCGCCGCGCCCUCGCGCCUGGCCGCUCGCUGAUGCUCCGGGGGUGCAGCUGCCCGCACAGAGGCAGGAUGGUGCGGAUCGCCAGCGCGCUGGGGCUCAUCAUCUUCAGCGUGGCGCUGCUCAUCCUGUCCCUCAUCAGCUACGUGUCCAUCAAGAAGGACUUCGUGCUCGGAGCCCCCAGAUAUGGACCCAACGGAGGACCCAGGAUGUACAUGUUCCACACGGGGUUCCGAGAGAGGCCACCUCGCAAACCUGACCUGAGCUCCCAGCUGGCUCUGAAGUAUCUGGACCCAGAUUUCACACCUCUGGCCAACUCUCUGAGCGAGGACCUGCAGAACUCCUCUAAAUGGAAGUACAACAGCUCUGCUUUUAGGCAGCUGAGGACUGAGAUAUCUCAACACAUAGACAUCCCCAACAACUUCACACUGACUCGGAACUCAGUCAAAGUCGGACAGCUGAUGCACUUUGACUACUCCAGCCAUAAGUACGUCUACUCCAUUGGCGAGAACUUCAGAUCACUCCUCCCGAAUGUCUCUCCGAUACUCAACAAGCACUACAACGUCUGUGCCGUGGUCGGUAACAGCGGCAUUCUCACCGGCUCGCGCUGUGGUACCCAGAUUGAGAAAUAUGACUUUGUCUUCCGGUGCAACUUUGCACCGACAGAGAUCUUUAAGAAAGACGUUGGGCGUCGGACCAACAUGACCACCUUCAACCCAAGCAUCCUGGAAAAGUACUACAAUAAUUUACUGACUGUGCAGGACAGAAACAACUUCUUCUUGAGCCUGAAGAAGCUAGAUGGUGCCGUUCUUUGGAUUCCAGCCUUUUUCUUUCACACAUCGGCCACAGUGACGAGAACGCUGGUGGACUUCUUCGUAGAACAUCGGGGGCAGCUGAAGGUCCAGCUAGCUUGGCCUGGCAACAUCAUGCAAUAUAUAAACAAUUACUGGAAAACCAAGCAGCUGUCGCCAAAACGGCUGAGCACUGGCAUCCUGAUGUACACGUUAGCAUCCUCCAUGUGUGACCAGAUUCACCUGUACGGCUUUUGGCCCUUCGGCUGGGACCCCAACACGGGUAAGGAGUUACCGUACCACUACUACGACAGGAAGGGAACCAAGUUCACCACCAAAUGGCAGGAGUCCCAUCAGCUGCCCGCCGAGUUCAAACUCCUCUACAAGAUGCACACGGACGGCGUGCUGAAGCUCAGCCUCUCGCACUGCGCCUAGCACUGAAGCGGCGGCGCUCAUUCAGACCGCUCUCGGUUUUGUUUGAAAGAACUUAAACCUCGACUGUAAUGCCAAGUUGGCUAAAUCAAAACUUUUGUGAACAGUGACGAACUAAGAUAACAGUUUUCUAUUCCUCUUUUUUUGCUCUGUACGUUUGGUUCAUUCACGCAUUACAUUGGUCGACGGUUGAACCUGCUUUUACCAAACGUGUUGAUGAAUGCACAGAACAUUUCAUGAAUGUAGGAAAGGAGUAUAAUGAUUACUGAACAGCGUGGAUAAUUCACAGCCGUUCUAAUGUUAACACAGACAGAAAGUUAUAAAAUACAGUGGACAACUCAACGACUGACAGUUCUACGACAGGCCGAGAGGACGUGAAUGUUAUACAAAAUCAAAGACCAUAGAAGGCAAGAUGUAAAAGCAUAAUUGGCUACAGAGAUGACGCAAAAGAGGACUAGCACAAGCAAAUGUCAAACCUAAGGUGUGUGUGUGUGUCCAGAGGGAAUAAAUACUAGAUAAGGAGUGUGUGAUGAGCAUAAGGCCGGGGACAGACCGGCCACCGAAGCGCCGCGAAAAGGGGACCGCCUUCAUUCGGCGCCCUUGUUAUCCUAUUCUAUAGACCACACGGGCCGCCGAAGCGCCGCAAAGCGCUCACGAAAUUCGGCCGCUGCUCCUCAGUUCAGACCAGACGCUUGUUUCUCCGCUCCGGUCGAGGCGCGCCUCGUAGUUUUUCUUUUAACCACUUGGCGUCCUCCAUUUCCUCUCUGCCUUUUCUCUGCUCUUGUCCUCUACACCCCCCUCCCCCUUGCUGUUUGUGUGUGUGUUUGUACGUGUGUUUGUACGUGUGUGUGUGUGUGUGUGUGUGUGUGUGUGUGUGUGUGUGUGUGUGUGUGUGUGUGUGUGUGUGUGUGUGUGUGUGUGUGUGUGUGUGUGUGUGUGUGUUUGUACGUGUGUGUGUGUGAACCUAUGGUGUGAACCAGUUGUUAAUAGCUGGCCUACGACUUUCUGUCUCUCUGUCCUGUUUGCCCCGGUAGAAAGACACCCAAAACCACACCCCCUUCACGUGGUCACACACACACACACAAGUUCGCUGUGUGUGUGUGUGUUCGUGUGGUUUUUAUGCAGUGUCUGUUUACGAACACAUUAUCGCGGAAUUGUAUUUUGAAAUGUUUAUUUUGUUAAAUUUACCGGCCUGCCUCUUGACUUCCUGCCAGAAUUGACGCGGUUCACCCGCGGCUCGCGAAAAAAUAGAGCCAAAAUGAUCGCUGCACAGCGCAGGCUGGAGCGCGGGCGCGCGGCGCUUCGGCGGCCCAUGUGGUUUAUAGAAUAUGAUAACAAGGGCACCGUAUGAAGGCGGUCCCCUUUUCGCGGCGCUUCGGCGGCCGGUGUGUCCCCGGCGUACGGCAACACUAGCACAUUCAAUCAAAGGAAAAGUCUGAUAAACUUAACUAAAAAUAAUAAUACAUUUUAAAAAGUUUUCAUUUAUUUAGAAAUGGUCUCUGAUCUGUUGCAGGGAUGUAAGAAAAUAUCGAUAGGGCAACAUAUUGUGAUAUUUUUCCCAGCAAUAUGUCGAUAUUCAAAAGGCGUGUGUUGAAUUUUUGGAGGAAUUUACAUGCAAACAUUUGAGUAUUUUCUUUUCUUGUGGUGCAAUUCAAAUGCCGACCGCUAGCUGGCAGCAGUGUGCAACGGUUUUUGUUUCCAUCGUUGAAAUGUAAAUCCCUCUAUUAUGCUUCUGAUACAUCAUGUUAAACAUGCCAAGUAUCAGUUUGGACUGUUUAUUGAAUAUUGCUACAAUAAACUCAGUCUGAAAUAAUCGCUAAUGUCCGACAGAAUGUAUUGCAAUAUAUCGUGACACAUUGAAUCAUCUCCCCUGUAUCGUGAUACGUAUCGUAUUGCCAAAAUUUCACCAAUACACAUUCCUAACCUGUUAAUUGUUAGAUGAGAAUUUAACGUGUACUUUAGAUUAAUAGUCCUAUAGGUGUUAGUUGGCCUGAUGGCUUCAUUCAUCCAGCUAAACAUUUACUAAAAAUGGUUUAACAUCAGGGAUGACCAAGAUCAGGCUUGUUUAUAGUUUUAACACGAACCUCAUUAAAACUCAAACACCACGUUAGAUCAUUCAUUAGAAUAAGCUGCAUGAAGUUAAGCAACUGCAAAAUAUUUCUAUUCAAUUCAAGUUUAUUUAUAUAGCGCCAAAUCACGACAAGAGUCUUCUCAAGGCACUUCACAUUAUGUGAACAAUCUUAUGUAUUUACGCUUAUCCUUAGCCAGCAGUUUCAGGUAAGAUUUAAUGUCGCCCGCUCUGGCCCCAGGUAAACAUUUAACUAUGGUUGCUGGAGUCUCUAAUGCCACGUUUCUGACUAUGGAGCUGCCAAUGAUCAGAGUCGGCUUGUCAGUGGGUGCGUCACUGAGCGGGGAAAAUCUGUUAGAAACGUGGACGGGUUGGUGGUGUCCCACGGGCUGGGUUCUAUGCUUCCUGCGUACCGUCACCCAGCUAGCCUGAGGUCCCGGCUGCUCGGGUUCUGCUGGAGGACCGCUACGGGGUGGUUCUGAGCUAGUUAGCCCCGUGCUAGCUAAGUAGCUACGGCUAUCUACGGGCUUUUCAACAGUGCGGAGCCGGGACUCCAAUUCCGACACCCUCGCCUCCAAAGCUACAAAAAUGCUACAUUUAUUACACGUACCAUUAUCACUAAUGGAGGCAGAGGAGUAACUAAACAUCUGACACAGAGGUGUGCCGUGCUAAGGCUAAGCUAGCUAGACGAGCAACUCGUUCAACACCAAAUAAACCGCGUGCGAACUCAAAUGGUUCCCUAAAAGCUAGGUGGAACAACAGAAAAUGUGUGUUUUAGCAUGCUUAUGUGCUACAAUAACUCAGAGAUAUCCUAGAACAGAGAAAUUUAAUCAAUUUUAGCGAGCCACAAACAUCGAACAGCUACACGUAGUGCAACACUGAAAGCAGGAAACGCCUUACCGCAGAUACUGCCACCUACAGAAGAUGUUCGUCAGCUAGUGAUGUAGCUAGUUGCCAUGGCUAGGGCUGCCAACUCUCAUGCAUUGAGCAUGAGACACAUGCAUCUGACCCCCUCUCACGCCACACCUCCAGGGGCCGUUUCAAGAUAAGCGAGGUAAUGGAUUUGAUAAUAACUGUCUAAACACUUUACUGGUUUUACAAGAAUCUGAUCUAAAAUUGGUAAAGUCGUGACAUUUGCUAUUUAAUGUCACAUAGCAGAACUAAAAGAUUUGCUAAUGUCCAUUGGCUAUGAGUGUUGCUAUAGCACUUAGCUGUCACUUGUAAUCUUGUUUUUAUAACAGAUUCCUUUAAAAACAGUGACUCCAGCCCUGUGGCUAUCAUUCAUAAAUAACUAUAAAACAUCUACCAAUUUCACAGCCCUGAAAUUUUACAAAUGUUUCUUCGCUAAGGACAUAGCUAACAGCAGUUAGCUACCAUUACCAACCAACAUUUACUGAUGGAACAAUUUUCAUCUAAAAUUAUGUAAAAACAAAAUUUUUGUAACAUAUCGAUAUGCAAUUUGCUAAUGUUUGUUAGUGAAAACUUUCAGCUUCAAUUUAUUUUACCUUUCCAUAUUCUUAUUUAUUUGUCAGAAUUUAUUUAAGACAGUAACUCACAUGCGGUGGCUGUUGUCCCGUAGUUGAAUGACCACAUUUUGCGGAUAUUUGGAACAAGUUUCAAAUUUAGGCGGGACGUUUUGCAUUAACUUAAUUAUUCAACAGAAGGAGUCUUUGGGGACUUUGGCCACUUUGGUUUCAUCACUGCAGGUGCUUAAUGAUUAGAAAGAAAUUAGUAGUUAAAAAUUCUCACUUAAUUAUGUAAAAAGAAAAAAACACGUAAAAAUGACGUUCUUUGAUGUUGUGAUUUGUAAAUCUUUCGGAAAAGGAUCAGACUGACCUCCACCACCUUGGGUUCUGGUUUCAACCCACUACCUCCUGAACCCACUUUAAUCUCAAAAAAUAAAAGAACCACGUUAAAGAAAAUAACAAAUAUGUUUAGUAAUUUAUUUAUCAUACCAAAACACAGUAUUUUUAUAGUCAUCAAGCCCAUAUUAGACCUGCCUAAGGGUCGGGAGAUACAGUACUUGGUUUUUGACCUUGCAUUGGCGCAGGUAGCUUCUUUGUGCACAUACUUGCUGCUGCAAAGCACUGCACUGCAUGUAGUACUGGAGUGUUCCAUUAGGGGGCAUAGUAGAGUACCAAGACCGGAUCGAAAGCCAGGGGUGUUGCUCAAUGUCAAGGCGCCUGGCCUUGCGAGGCGAUGUCUUGCGGCCAGUCGUCUUGCUUACGAGGACACUGUCCUUCCUUGGUCAAAGAAAACCGUUAAAUGGAACAGGCUUGCAUCAUGUGACCGCGGCUUCCACGGUGGUAACGUAACGUCACGUGACACGGGAGAUAACGUUAUAUUUUAUAUUUAUUAGUUUCAAUAUAAAUAUAUAACAAGACUUUUACUUUUUAAAUUGUGUAUAUGUUUAUUAAAUUAAUAUAAGCGAGUUACUACCCGCUAGCCACCGAAGCUGCAACUACUAAGGCUUAGUAACUAAGCAACUAACCAACCAUAGAUAACUUCUUUGGAUCUAAAAAAAACAUUUUAAAUUAGCGGACUUACUUUUAAACUUGAAAAUUGUCCCCGAAGUAGCUGCUGGCUUCUGAUCCGCCGUCCUUUUAAAAAUGCUGCAGUGUAUUCUGGGUAAUUUUUGACCAAGGCUAGGCUACAAGACACCUCCCAUGUAUCCUCGCUCAGCUAGCUAAACGGCUAACAAACGGAGAACACACGCCUCGGUAGAACAUGAACAUUGGAACACGUCUUGGCGGAUCCAGAUGACGUAUCUCCUAGGCAACCGGGGCGGGGCCAAGACAUCAAGGCGAGGUUCCUUGGCACUGAGAUACACCCCAGGUUUGUGGGGUACAGCCAAAACAAACAUUGCGUCAGUAGAGGAGAUCAGGAACUGGAUAAUUUUUAGAUCACGGCAGAAAUAAAGACAGCAGUGGUAUGGUAGAUAGCGUGAAAAACUUCUAAACCAGAGAAGGAGUCACCAUGGUGAGUGCCUUGCUUAUUUUGUCAACUCCACCUACUGGUUACUUGUAUAUUGCAGCGUUCGAAAGCGUCAACUUCGGGGGAAGUGCACAAACGACGCGUCAAAUCAAUGCAAGUUACAGGUGGCAGCCAUUUUACAUGUGCGUGCGCGUCGUUAAACAGCAAGUUUGUUCCACGCCUAAGUCUCCUCCCCUUCCGGUCGGCCCAUGGGUUCCUGAACAGGGCUGUAAGGGUGAUUUUCUGGUCUGCUUUGCCUUACGCCGUGAAUUACUUCACGUUGUACUUCAAUUUAAAUUCAAAGUAAUUAUAUGUGUUUUAUUAUGUCCGUCAUGUAAUUUCAGAUUUCUUAGCUUGUAAAAAUUCAUAAUUAUGACUAAAAGCGCUUUCUUGGCAUCAAGAUGCUUCUUUAGGGUUAGGGUUAGGGGUAACCCUAACCCCCUCCCCCUUUCUUGGCAGUAAGAGUCCAGAAGUAGAUGGGCGUGGCUUAGGCUUCAUGUACAAAAUACACAAUUCACCUGGUAGAUUAUCACAUAAAAACAGUUUUCAGAACAGAUAUGAAGAGGUUUUAUUGUUUUUACACAACAGUAUUCCGAGUUUUCUUUGAUUUUUUUAACUAAUUCUGAAUUAAAUGCUUAAAACAUUCAAGUCCUGGACGGUUUUACUCAGGUUUCUCUGAUUGUAUAUAAGUAGGGAGUAUGUUUUGACGGUGUUUAUGUUACAGUGAUUAGUAUUAGUUUUAAAUGCAGUUCUUUUGUGUUUUCACUUUGCUAAAACACAAAUUUCCUUUUACCCUUUAAAGAGCAUCAAAUAUGAUGAAUAGAAGAAAGAAAUGAAGUCAUCAGCACACAAAGGUUUUAGCAGUGAACGUGAGUUUGGAUGUUUUCAUUUUCAGGUCUUUAGACGUGUUGCACAAUAAGAAAAACUUGGAUUAUUUUGGGAAUCUGGAGCUAAAUUUGAGCAGAUUUGCUUAUUGUGUCUUAUUUGUGACAAAUUCCUUUUUUGAUUUCAAAUGAAUGGAAAGUGUUGACUUUAAGUUUCAUGUAAGAAAAAAAGAGUUUGAAGGUUAAACUAGAAAACUAAUGCUAAGCAACAGGAGUGCAUCUUCAGCAAACUUGUGCCGCUGAAUGUCAUUCAUCAGAUUUAGCCUUGUUUUAUUUUCUGACACGUUUGUGUACAUGGGGGGUAUCUUAUUUAUAGAAUGUAUUGUUUCACAUUAUGCAUUUAGAAACUGCUGUUGCCUCCAUACAGAUUAACAUUAUUUACCUUUAGAGAUAUAAACUACAUUAGGAGAAAACACACUGUAGACUUACUGUCUUGUUCAUAUACUUGAAAUAAACUACAUCUCUGGCUUAAAAGCUGA